GGGGAGAAGGAGGAGGUUGUGCCCUGGGCUGGCUGGAGGAUUCGCUGUGCGUGCUCCGAGAACUGAGCCCGUUCCCUGGGCUUCUGAAGAAUGCUUGCCUGUUUGGCACGGGGAAAUUUGCUGGACAUUCUGCAGGAGGGCUUCACAGAGCAACAGCUGCAGGCAUAUGUGGCCUGGGUGAACUCACAGCUGAAGAAGAAGCCAGCCGUGAAGCCAGUGCGGGACCUAAGGCAAGAUCUGCGAGAUGGGGUCAUCCUGGCUUCUCUCAUUGAGAUUGUAGCUGGUGAGAAACUGUGUGGCGUGCAGGUCAGUCCCACCAGCCAGCAGGAAAUGAAGGAAAAUGUGGAGAAAGUCCUGCAGUUUGUGGCAUCCAAAAAGAUCCGUAUGCACCAGACCUCAGCUAAAGACAUCGUCGAUGGCAACCUGAAAUCCAUCAUGAGGCUAAUCCUCGCCUUAGCUGCUCAUUUCAAACCUGGCUCAAGUAAAACUGCCAGUCAGGCCUCACCUGGCAUGAUGGGAAAGAGCCCAGCGGGAGCAGCAACACCGGUGGCCAAUCACAGGCCUCAUUCAGCGGCUGCUGUUGCCCAAGGUGCCAUGGCAGCCCUGGCUGAUGUUCGCCAGGAUGUCUCACGCUCAGGACGAGAUGUUUUUCGGCAUAGACAGAGAAAUAGCAGCAUGGAUGAUGAGAUCGAGCAUCCGUACUGGAGUGUCCGCGCACUGGUGCAGCAGUAUGAGGGGCAGCAAAGUGUGCCUUCGGAGUCGCGAUCCUCCAGCCUCACAUCGCCCAGUCCCGUAAACAGCGCCAAGAGCGAGUCCAGCUCCACCCCUUCGGAGGAGAAGGCAGGAUUUGAUAUUGUUCGUGAAGAAGAAGCUGAGAUUAGAACAGAAGAGACGGGCUCUCCUUUUCCCCCGGAGUGGCAGGCACGGUGCCCUGCCACAAGCUUGGAGACUUCAUGGGAGGAGCAACUGCUGGAGCAGCAAGAUCACUUAGAGAAGGAGAUGGAGGAAGCAAAGAAGAUGAUUUCAGGACUACAGGCCUUACUGCUCAAUGGGUCGCUACCUGAGGACGAGCAAGAGAGAUCGUUUGUCCUUUGUGAACAGGAGGCCUGCCCUGAAGAGCAGCUGAUUAUAAUCCGAAGCCGACUGGACCAGAGCAUGGAGGAGAAUCAGGAGCUCAAGAAGGAGUUGCAGAAGCACAAGCAAGAAGCCAGAAAUCUGCAAGGAGUGAAGGAUGCCUUGCAGCAGCGGCUGGCCCAGCAGGACGCCCUGAUUCUUCAGCUGAAGCAAGAGCUGCUGAGAACCAGCAUGGAUAAGGAAGAGCUGCACAGCCAGCAUGCCGAGCUGCAGAGGAAGCUGGAAGAGAGGAAUCGACUGCUGGCGGAAUGCAAAAAGGAGCUGGGCCAGAAGGAUCGGCGCUUGCACCAGCACCAGGCCAAGAUGGAUGAGAUGCUGCGGCAACUCUCCGAGGCCAGCUACCAGCAGGCAGAUUUGGAACGAGAGCUGGAGCACAAAGAAGCCCUGCUGGCUCAGUGUAUGAAGAAGGACGCCGAGGAGGUAAUUGUCUACAGCAACCACAGCUCUCAGAGCAAUGGCUUCCUUCCGCCCUCAGGAAAAGGAGCAGCUUCCACGACUCACAGAGGGACCAAUGACCUGCAACUGGUGCGCGAGGCCCUGCGGAGUUUGCGGAACAGCUUCAGUGGGCACGACCCCCAGCACCACACCAUCGACAGCCUGGAGCAGGGCAUCUCCAGCCUAAUGGAGAGAUUACACCGCCUGGAGGUGCAGAAGAGGCAGGAGAGAAGGGGUCGAGGGAAGUCACCUGCCCGCCACCCAGCCAAUGAGUACCAAGACUCCUGGCCCUCUAAUUCCAAACUGCCUCAUUCUCACAGCACCCCCGCGAUGAGCAGCAGCACCUGCACCAAAGUGCUUUAUUUCACGGAUCGUUCCCUCACACCUUUCAUGGUCAACAUACCAAAGAGGCUAGGUGAGGUGACUCUAAGGGACUUCAAAGCAGCUAUUGAUCGGGAAGGAAUGCACCGGUACCAUUUCAAGGCCCUGGAUCCGGAAUUUGGCACUGUCAAAGAGGAGGUUUUUCAUGACGAUGACAUCAUCCCUGGGUGGGAAGGGAAGAUUGUCGCCUGGGUGGAAGAGGACCAUGGGGAGAACUAAUCGGAUCCCUGAACACCUUUUACCGUGAAGAUCUGCCACUGGCUGUGGCACUUGUCAGGUACUGACCAAAAAGGGUGUGAACUGGGAUGCAUCUGAUUCAAACUGCCAAAAGAAAGAGAUGGACUUCUCUGCAAAACGACGACGGGUAUAACGUUUCUCCACAUGGGAGGACAUCCGGCACUUGAGUUCCGUGGCCAAAUGUUGUGAAGUUCAGAAACCACCUCUCUCUGUUCCAUCUCUACUGGCCUUACCUGUGCGCUUCUCCCUGCUUCUUGUCCCUGCUGCUGCCAGUAAUCCAGAUCGCUUUCAUUGGUGGCAUACAGUGUUGCAAGGAACCUUGCACUUUCGGAUGGACCUGCACCUGCCUGAGCGCAGCGGAGCCAUGGCAGCUGUCUCCUUUGCAUCAGACUCCUUUCCUGGCAGCGAAGCUCUCCCUGCUCUGUCAGCACCAGAAACCCAACAGAACCUUCACUGAAGUGCAACAGCGGGUUGGACUGCGCUCCGUGUUGUUGUUAUCAGGGUGAUCCGUACAGUUUUGCUAUUUUGCUUUGCUGUCCUGGAAGACUCUAAACAACUGCGGUUUCGUUUUGGGAUGUGGGUGAGGAAUCUUUGCUCCUUUCCUUGAUAUCUGUGUUGCCUUCACAGAAAGUUCCCUGUUUCAGCUCUGAAACCUGCAAGAAUUCUUCUCCAGGGACCAAGCAGCAGAAAAGAUUCCUGUCCAUGCCUCUCUCUCACACACUCUUUCCCUCUCGAUGCUCUUGGAUGAACAGCGAGAAAAAACGGAAGGCCCAAAUGGUAAACGAAUGAAGGGUGGGCCGUGGCCUGGUGGCUUCUCUGUUUCUUAGAGCUCAGGGUUCAUAUCGUUGCCUCACUCCCACCACCGACCAAUAUCUUUUCUAGUCAGCUUGUGUUGAGACCCACGUGGGACGGGGACUGAACCCUUCACUAGAGGGUUCAGAUUCAGGUGGAUCUCCGCCCCGGGGGACUGGUGCAAGAAGGAUCACUCUGCGAACCUUCCUCAAGAGAGCUGCAGUGAGGCACCAGCCUCCUGCCCUCCCUGAUCUCUGGAUUAAAACGGUCAGCAGUCAUUUGGGCUCCCUUCUCCUAUGGCGGCAUCAUCUGACUUGUUUGCCUCAAGCAAAACGGGAUUGAAAGUGUUUUCACAGGCACUUCGGCUUCUCUUGUGACCACGUCCUCUGCUUGUCUUCAGUCGCUGCAGACAGUGGUGUGAACUGACCCUCAAGAUCCCUUUCUCUUCACGGUCGAUCUCUGACUUCUAGUGUAACAUCAUCAAAUUGAAACAGAGAUGGAGGCAGAGUGUAACAUUUAGGGCAGGUUUUGUGGAAGAAACGGCGUCUUGUAGUUUGAGCAGCACUUCAUGUACUGGCUACUGUUCUCCACAAACUGAUGCUCUGGUAGUCCAGCCAAGAGGCUGCAGCUAUCACAGGCUGAGUGGAGUCAGUACCAGGGAAGGAACACACCCAGCUUCAUGCAGCCUAGUCCGCUGGGGUGGGGCUUCAGGUUCCUGUGUUUUCAGUAGAUCAUUGCCCAGUAGAUCAUUGAACAGGGAACACGGGAAGAGAUCCUCUGUCCACAUGCCCUGGGCCUUGCUGAACUGCAAAGCAGGCUUGUCUUCUUGGUCAGCUGGGGUUUCGGCCUCUCCCCUCCAGUUCCUUGAGUGCUCUACCAGCCCAUCUCCAUGUUGCUUCACCAGCCCUUGCAUCCCCGUGGUGUGCUUUGAGGACUGGGCUACAGCCCUGCAUGUUUUUGAUGCAUGUAUCCAGCACUCCCUGAACGAGCAUCUCUGUGUCAGCCUGUCUGCGUCCCCUUUUGUGUGAGGCUGAACAUUUGAAGGAAACCUGGUUUUAUCAUUUUAUAGAUCCAGAUGUGUCCUUUUGUAUACCUGUUCCUGUUUUCUGGAAUUAUUUUGUAUCUGUUGACGUUGUCGUCAUGGUUCAAGGACAAGUGUAUAUUUUUAUACCUGUGCAAGUGCUUUUUUCUGUAUAUUUCUGCGCCCACAACUGCACUGUAUUUUAUCCAUUUUUCUAGAGGACGCUUAUAUGUUUUAUACAGCAUCCUGUUAAUGCCACCUAAAGUGGCUUCCAUAACUAGCUUUAUUUUAUUAUGAAGGUACGACAGGUUCUUAAUGGUUUUAUAUUUUGCCAGCAAUUUCUUGUAUAAACAGUAUUUGUGUGCUGCUUGUGAUGCCACACCCUCAGUGUACAGAAAGUGCGGGAGUGCCUUUCUCACCCCCCCUCCCCUUGUGAGAAUCCACCUUGGCUGUUAGCAUUCAGAGCGCAAGCCUCUGUGCGUCUGCUGGAUUCCGAAGGAAAGAGUGCAAUGAGGGAUAAAGGGGAAAAAACCUUCUUCUUGUCGUGGAAUUACUGGUUUCUUUGUUGCAUGAACUUUAGUAGGACGCAAAAUGAUGGCAUGACGUUACCUUUACUUAAAAAAAGACAAAGAAAACAGCUAGGUUUAUUUCAGCCAGGGCAUGUGUCACUGAAAUUGUAUUACCUCCCCACAGCCAGAAAUCUGGGGUGGGAGGCAGGGAGGGGGCUGACAUCCUCCCUCGUCUCAGGAAAGACUGAAGGAUGCUCUCGCUGCGAUUAUGCACAUUGUUUGGCUGCUUGAUACAGAUCUGUUCCGUCUGGUGAUGUUUUCAUGUGGUUUCUCUGUUGCUGCAACCACCAUUGUAGGCUUCCACAAUGCGGGGUUUCCCCGUAUUUUCCCCGCCCCAGUUCCCACAGUGACUAUUUCCCUCCCCAACUCACGCCACUGGGGGAGGGGCUUUUUCACAGGUUAUCGUUAUGGGUCAUUGAAAUAUCAAUAUAAUGUGACAUCAAUGCCCAUUACUAUUUUUAAAUGAAAGCUUGAAAAAGGCCCGUGGAAGCAUGGUGAGAAUGGUUAUUGUUGGGCUCGGGGCAGGGAAAACGGUUCGGGUAGGAGUGGGAUUGGGAAAAUCCGGAUUCCCCACCCUCCCGGUGUCCAUUCCAGCUUUACUACGAUCAUUCCCAAAUCAUUGCAGUAAAUCAGGCUUGGUAAGGAUCGCAGAAGAGACGGGGAACACCUGGGAAGCUGCAACACUUGGGGGAAGCAAAGAAAAAAGUGCUUCAAAACAGCACCAAGCUCAGAGCGAAUAACCGGCGUCCGCGUGGCCACCAUUGAAUUCGCUGAAGCUUAAGUAUAUCAUAGAUAGGUCCACACAUGGUUACAGCCCAGAUCUUUUAGCAUUAAUUCUCAAGCUGCAGCAUACCAAGUAUUUCUCUACUACUGACAUCUCCCCCUAGACACAAAUCUACCUUCUACAUGCUAACCUCUAUACAGUGCCCUGGUUUGGUGUUCCUGCAGUAGCACUAACGGUGUAUUUAUACUAGCUUGACAGACAUUUUCUCUUCCCUGUGGAAUGGCAGUCCUCCUCCGAGGAAGCGUAACCAUUUCCAGCACCCCCAUGAAAUUAAAAGUUUCCAGGAUCCUCUGGGAGAUGCCAUGACACUUAAACUGGUUUGAAUUCCUUAUGCAUUUGUAAUGUAACCAUGCACCAAUUUCUGUUUGCUCUCCUUUCAGUGGAAAAGGCCCAAAACAGCCUUGGGGGAGGGGGGGAAUCAAUUCUUUAAAGUGAGAGGUUGCAGUACAACAGAUUACAAAGGAAGCGCUAGUUCUGUUAUCUCCGAUUUACCCUCAACAUUUCUACCCAGAAAUCUGGUACUUGUUCUCCUUCCUUUUGAAAUUCUUCUGGUUUAAUGCCCUUGCAGCACAGCCAUGCAAGCUUUGUGUAAAAUAUUUUGUUUUCCAUAAAAAUGCUGAAGUUUGCAAUCAUUAUUGUUAAAACAAGUAUUACUCUCACCUUCCUAUGCACUGGCCAAGAGGGGUCUGAAACUCAUUGAUGUUCUGUGAGAGUUGGAUAUGCUUUAGAUUUGUGGACCAAGACUUUAAAGGGGAGGGGGAUCUUCA